AUGCUAAGGCUAAGGUUAGGGUUAGAACUCAGACUAGAAUUAGAGCAAAGGCUAGACCUCACGCUAAGCCCAGGGCUAAAACUCAGGCCAGGGCUAGAACUCACGAUAGGGUUAAGGCUAGAACUCAGGCUAAGGCUAGAACUCAGGAUAGGACUAGAACUCAGGCUAAAGCUAGCAUUCAGGCUAAAGACAGGGCUAGAACUCAGUCUAGAGCUAGAACUCGGGCUAGAGCUAGAACUUAGUCUAAGACGAGAGGAAGAACUCAGGCUAAAGACAGGGCUAGAACUCAAGCAUGGGUAA